AUGAGCUCUCCACAAUCCCCUCCCCGGGGCACGAAGGACCUCGAGGUGGCGGCGAUGCUGCGCUACCCCUGCGGUGCCGGGGGGCUGCCGGGGUCUCCGCCUGCCCCCGCCGCCCCUGUGGCCCCGCGGGCGGGUUCCCAAUUCCUGGCCAGCUGGCGCCUGCAGAAGCUCCGCAUCCCGCACCGCACCUUGGGGCGAGCCCGGCGCCGCACGGAGCCCCGCUCGCCGCCCGCCCGGGGCCUGGGGCCGCGGGGCGCGGGGAGCCGCCCCCUCCAGCCCGCCCGCCCCGGCAUCAUCGACUCGGACCCGGUGGACGAGGAGGUGCUCAGGGCGCUGGUGCUGGAGCUUGGCCUCGACAGGGCGGUCGAGCUGCCGGAGCUCUGGCUCGGCCACCACGAGUUCGACUCCCCCGCGGACCUGCCGGCCAGCUGCUGA